AGAAGGAGGGAGCAGUGUUAGGAGGUUCAGUGUGUGCAGAGGAGCAGCCGCAGCCUGUGAGCACACACAAACACAGACAUCCUUCUGCACUGACAUCAGCUCAGAUAAGACACGGACACUCUUGAUUUAAGGACAUCUCUCCUGCCGGCAAGGUGAUACACGGAUUCGCUGUGUUCAUCCACCCGCUGUGAGGAUAUUUUCUUUACGCGUAGAGAGACACAAAAAGCGGCUCUAUGGCUGUUUCUCUUGGCUUCCCUCGUGGUUAUGAGAAGCGGAGCUGAAGUUUGAGGGUGAAUGUUGAUUCUGCAAUUUACCGGAGUGUGAAAGCCCUCGGAGUGUUUUUUUUUUUUUUACUGAAGAAGCGGAGUCUUUUCUCCUGUUGUUGGAUUGUUGUCGUUCUCCUGAAGGAUGGUGCUGGACAAGGAGGAGAGUGUGUCUCUCGUCCCCCUCCAGUCCAGAGAGAAGCCGAGAGCCUGCGCCGGCUGCAACGGGAAGAUCCGGGACCGCUUCAUGCUGCAGGCAUUGGACAGGUUCUGGCAUGAGGACUGUCUGAAGUGUGCCUGCUGUGACUGCCGCCUGGGCCGCCUGGGCUCCACCCUCUACACCCGGGCCAACCUCAUCCUCUGCCGCAGGGACUACCUGAGGCUCUUUGGGGUGACAGGGAACUGUGCAGCCUGCAGUAAGCUGAUCCCUGCCUUUGAGAUGGUGAUGAGAGCCAGAGACAACGUCUACCAUUUAGACUGCUUUGCCUGUCAGCUCUGCCGCCAGAGAUUUUGCGUGGGAGACAAGUUUUUCCUGAAGAACAACAUGAUCCUGUGCCAGCUGGACUAUGAAGGAGGCCAUCCUAAUGGCAGUGCAGAGAGGCAGGCUCAAUAAGAGGAUGACUGUGAGCCAGAAAGGACGAUGAAGAUCACAGCGGCGCGGCCCUCAUCGGCUUCAUGUUUCAGGCUGAACCUGGAGACGUUUCCAGCAGCUCAGGAUAAGAGUGAUAACUAUCCUGAAAACUUUAUGUUUCUGAUCACAUGGACCAGAGAAAGACAAAAAUCAUGAAACUAUCAAGGAGGAUAUUUUCCAGAGGACUCAACGUGGUUCUUUCCCCACGUUUCCUUCAUUCAACGUUUGCAGACAAUUUGGGGAGUCUGUGCGCCACACUUGAAACACGAGCCGGAUGGAGAGGAGCCAAUCAGGCCGCGCAUAGCAUCAACCAAGUCAUCCAUCACAGAGAAAACACAGAGUUGUCUUUUUCAAAACUCUCUGAUUAUCAAAUUGUUCUGGCAGUCUCUGAGCCGUCCUCUGUGGUGAGCUCCACCCACGCGGCAUGCAGGAAGAAGCCCCAAAACAAACAGAAACAUAUUCACAGAUCCAGAACGCCUCCAACACAGGAGGAUCAUCGGCUUCUCUUUCACCUCCUCCUGCAAGACUCGACUGAACCGAGGGGAACAUCAAACCACACAGACUUUGUUUUCAAUCUGAUCUCGAGCUGUUUUUUUUCUUGACUUAUUAAACUGAAGUAUAAGUUCA